AUGGGGCAGAUUUUAUGCAGUUUUGAGCAAUCAAUCCUUGCAACUGCCGCGGGUCCGCCUGCGUGUGCGGAGCUGAGCGCUCUGAGGCAGAUCAAGCUGUUGUCCGGCACGCUCAAGGCCCAUUUGCCCAGGCUGCCACGGGCACUGUACAAAGCGUGUGCAGCCCAGGAUCUACUCCACAUUGGCGUCGAAGAGGUUGACGAGCGAUUCAAGCCUGGCCACAACAAGCGCACAAAUGAUGCUAUCAAGACAUGGGUUGGCCGCUGCAUCUUGAUCUUCUUCUCAGCGGCGCUGCUGACUGACAUGGAGAGGCAAUACCCCAAGGAUUGCCCCAUGGAGCAAACUGCUGAUGGAUCUCACGCGCCCGGUCCGCUUCCCAUACUUGUACCAGGUGCUCAGCAAGUGAAGUUGACGUGCGUCAAGAAGAAGGCGAUGACCGUGGACAUAUUGAUCAGCAAGGCCAAUUAUCUGAUCCCGACGAAGAACUUGCCGUACAGCGCCCUCCCCUGGCAGAAUUGCGUGCAGAUUCCCUUUGAGACUGAGUUUGCGGUCAUCAGUCCCGGCCGUGCUUGGCAACUCAGCUCAAAGAUCUUCAAAAAGUGCUGUUUCGACAAAUCUUUGAGCCGCGGAGAGAAUCGAGAAGAGUUUAAGAUUCGCAUCGAGCCGCAGUUCAUGUUUGGGUCUAUCAAGCGUCAAGCCGUGGAAGACUUCUUCUCCGGUGGACACUUCAG